AGUGGAGCGCAGGACAGCCUGAGCUGCACCGAGGGGCAGCGGCUGCAGAGGAGGAUGGAGGCCGGCAUGAACCUCCUGCACGACAGGGGCAUCCAGGCAACGCGCUGGCUGCAGGAGCACUUCCAGGGCUCCCAGGACUGGUUCCUCUUCAUCUCCUUUGCUGCCGACCUCAGGAACGCUUUCUUCGUCCUCUUCCCUAUCUGGUUCCACUUCAGCGAGUCGGUGGGCAUCAGGCUCAUCUGGGUGGCUGUGAUCGGGGACUGGCUCAACCUCGUCUUCAAGUGGAUCCUCUUUGGGGAGAGACCAUACUGGUGGGUCCAUGAGACGGACUAUUACAGCAACACCUCCGCUCCAGAGAUCCAGCAGUUCCCACUCACCUGUGAGACCGGCCCCGGGAGCCCCUCUGGCCACGCCAUGGGUGCAGCAGGGGUGUACUACGUCAUGGUGACGGCCCUCCUCUCCACUGCCAUGGGGAAGAAGCAGCUGAGGACACUCAAAUACUGGGUGCUGUGGACAGUGCUUUGGACGGGGUUCUGGGCAGUUCAGGUCUGCGUCUGCCUGUCCCGAGUCUUCAUUGCCGCCCACUUCCCCCAUCAGGUCAUUGCGGGGGUUAUCUCAGGGAUGGCCGUGGCCAAGACCUUCCAGCACAUCCACUACAUCUACCACGCCAGCCUCCGCCAGUACCUGGGCAUCACCUUCUUCCUCUUCAGCUUCGCCCUGGGCUUCUACCUGCUGCUGCGGGUACUCGGUGUGGACCUGCUCUGGACACUGGAGAGGGCACAGAGGUGGUGUGCCCACCCCGAGUGGGUCCACAUUGACACCACCCCUUUCGCCAGCCUCCUCCGUAACCUGGGCAUCCUCUUCGGGCUGGGGCUGGCCCUCAACUCCCACAUGUACCUGGAGAGCUGCCGGGGGAAGCAGGGCCAGCAGCUGCCCUUCCGCCUGGGCUGCGUCGCUGCCUCCCUCCUCGUCCUGCACCUCUUCGAUGCCUUCAAGCCUCCCUCUCACAUGCAGUUGCUCUUCUACAUCCUCUCCUUCUGCAAGAGCGCGGCCGUGCCGCUGGCCACCGUUGGCCUCAUCCCCUACUGUGUCGCCCAGCUUCUGGCCACGCAGGACAAGAAGGCUGCCUAAGGGCACCCCUUAGGCGGGUGCUGCCCCAGCUCUGGGCUCGGGGCAGUCACUGGACCAUGGGUGCUCCCCAGCUGCCGGUUGCUCCCCGCGAAAUCCGCACAGACCGACCACACUGGGAGCGGCCUGCGAAGGCUGGGCCGGCGGCACGGCUGGAUGGCUCCCACGGCACGGACCCACAAUGCCAGUCAUGGCAUAGGCUUGGGUGGUCUGCAGCCAGCUCUCCCUGGGCUCUCCUGCUGCCCUUCCCAUGCCCACGGGUGGGGGUCAUCAGCCCGGGACCCAGUGGCAGUGGUGGAAAGACCCUGCACUUCCCUGCAGCUGGGGAUGUGCCACGUCCAUGCUGCAGGGCUGGGGGUGGCACCACCAGGCGCAGGGUGCUCACCCAUGGGUGCUUGGGGGUCUGCUGGCGCGGCAGCUCUGGAAUGGGCAGACACUGUGAUUUGGAGAUAAAGCACCGGCUUGCCGGAGCCCCCCAGCCUGAGGUGUUCGGUAUUCACUGCUCUGCGAUGCAGCAUGGAGUACACGUAUGCAUAUGUGUGUAUCUUAUAUAAUAGUUAUCUAUAUACACAUAUACAUAUGGGUGUGUCUGUAAACAAGAGGUAUUUUAUUAAAGCUGAAACUGUGUUUA